GGUGUCAAGAAGCCCCAUCGUUUCCGUCCCGGUACCGUCGCUCUUCGUGAGAUCCGUCGGUACCAGAAAUCAACAGAGCUGCUCAUCCGCAAGCUCCCCUUCCAACGACUUGUUCGUGAAAUCGCACAGGACUUCAAGACCGACCUGCGCUUCCAAUCAUCGGCUGUGAUGGCUCUUCAAGAAGCUGCCGAAGCAUACCUCGUCUCAUUGUUUGAGGACACCAACUUGGCUGCUAUCCACGCAAAGCGUGUUACUAUUCAACCCAAAGAUCUUGCUCUUGCACGGCGGCUUCGUGGCGAGCGUUCGUAG